AUGAUAUCUCACACGAACGAGUCUACAAUUGUCCAGAACUGGAACCGUCGUGUACUUGCAAUAGGUGCGGUGGGCCGAUCAUUGCACUAUUACCGUCUGUGCUUAUCGGCGUGUCCAACCAUUCCGAUACUGCGCGACUUUGAAGAAACUUCACAACCGGCAGCUCUCCGGCUCGAGCGUACUCGUGACAGGCUGCCCCAUUGUCGGUUCCAGCUCCACGAUGCGAUGUCAUCAUACCUCCGUUGCCAGGGCGCUCGUGCGAGAGUGCCUCCUGUCGCCUCCAUGCCUAGGGCGUUCUGGAAAAAACCCUACAAACCCGUCUCCGCAUGCAUUCUGCUAUUUAUACGGUGCAGCCUUCUCCUCAAAGUCCACACUGGUCUCCUCUUCUCCAGCUUCUCUCCAGCUCGGUUUCCUGAGAAGUCUACCCCGCGCUGCAGACCGGCUCAUCUUUGA